CUUACAGCUACCCACCAUUAUGUAAAACUGAGAUAGUAGUUGGGCACCAGCUGGAUCUGCCCAGUUGUGGAGCCUUCUCUCUCUCGCCCACCUCACAUGUCCCAUCAACUUUUUCAACAUUUUUGUUCUUGAGGAGAAUCCAAGCUUCUCUUUUUCCUUAGCUUUAUUUGUUUUUCAUGUUCCCAAAGUCGUUUUCUUUUCUUUUUGCAUUUUUUUUUUAUCAAACUUUCAUCAUCUCGUUGGUCAUUUUUCCUUCUAUAAAUCGGCUUACAUUCACUCAAGUAACUCUUCCACUUUUCCUUCCCUUCAUUUUCAGUCCUUUAGCAUAAUUUCUUCAAGAUUCCUCUUGCUAUUUUUUUUUAUAUGUAUCUUGAGUUCCAGAUUUGAACUCUGGCUGUUAAUCUGUUCUUCUUCUCCUUGAUUCAAAACCAAGUUGUGGGUUCUUCUUGCUGAACUCAAACUUGAGUUUUUGGGGUUUCAAAUCCAUUACCCAUCAUCAAAAAUCUUUUCUUUUCAUCUUAUUUUUCUUCUGGAGCUGCUGGGCUUGGUGUUCUUGAGAUUGUCUCAAGUAGCAUAAGUCAAAGUUUUUUCCUUUUUCUUUUUUAUUUCCAGGGAAAAGUUUUUUUAACUGCAAUAUCUUCAUGUUCAAUCUUUUGUUCUUGAUGUUUGAGAUUCAUGUCUCCAAUUCUCAGUGAAAUCUUUCUCUCCGGGGUUAUGAUAGAUUCCACAUUCAUUCGUAGGACUCAUCUUGUUCAAUCCUUCUCAGUUGUUUUCCUCUACUGGUUGUAUUACGUUUCAUGAUUUUGGCUUUAAUUUCUACUACUUAUUCUAUAAUCUAUAAAUAAAUUUGCUACUUAUAUCUAUUUGCAUUAUUCAUCUUUAUUAGGAGUAUUUUUAUUUUAAUUUGGGUCCUGCUAUUAUUAUUACUAUUAGUAUUGUCAUCUCUCUUUUGAUUUACUACUAUCUGUGUUAAAAAAAUUCAAAAAUCUUUCCAAGUAUCUGCAAUUUCCAUGGCUUCCUCCAGUGGCACUUCCUCAGGUUCAUCAACUUUGAUACAAAACUCAGGGUCUGAGGGGGAUUUGCGGGCAUUGAUGGAUGAAAGGAAAAGAAAGAGAAUGAUAUCAAACAGAGAAUCAGCAAGGAGGUCCAGGAUGAGGAAGCAGAAGCAUUUGGGUGAUCUGAUGACUCAGGUAACUCAGCUGCGGAAAGAGAAUCAUCAGAUCAUUACAAGGAUAAACAUCACCACCCAGCAUUACUUGAAUGUAGAGGCUGAGAACUCAGUGCUUAGAGCUCAAGCCAAUGAGCUCAGCUACAGAUUACUGUCUUUAAAUGAUAUCAUCAGUUUCUUGAACAAUGAUGCUAAUUUCGAUGCUGAAGAAGAUACAACAAGCCCUGCUUUCACUGAGCCUGCCGACAGCUUCCUCAACCCACUCAGUUUUGCCUACUUGAAUCAGCCUAUCAUGGCCUCUGCAGAUAACAUGUUUCAGUAUUAAUCUCCAUGAGCUUACUGGAAUUUAAUCAAAGGGCGGAAAACUAAAAAAGAUUAAGAGAGAAGAGUCAUUUCAAGUAAUUUUCAGUCAUUUUGUUUUGGUUCAGAGUCUUCUAAGAUGUGAUUUUCAGUAGGUGAUUUUCAGUAGGGAGUCGUUAGAAAUAAGGUUAAGUGUUAGGACAGUUGGGUUGUUUGCUUGUAAAUCAGGUUUAAUUAUUAAUAAAAUAUGUGAAGUAAGCUUUGGUUAUGACUUUUGGGAUGUUUCAACUGCUGUUGCUGUGAAAGCUCUUUCAGUUGACAUCAUUGGUUGACUAAUCUCAUGGAAAUAUCAAAGAGCUUAUUGUUUUCUUUAUUUGCUUCUGUUAUCUUCAACUGAUAUCAGUUGCGUAACAUAUACAUUUAUGACCAGAAAAUUUGCAGCUGCAGCAGCCUUGUUACCUUGUUUUACUUGAAUGGAUUUGACAAAUUUGAACAGAAAGGAAGUCCAUAGUUGUGGAUGGUGACCCCUUUGAUUUUUUUCUGAUUAAUUGAACAGGAAAAACUAUGAUUGCUUUGAGGAUAUUGCAAACUAAUGAGAUCUCAAUCGCUUCAAUUGUUUGAAAUGAGAUAAUCUUUAGUUGAUUUCACACUUAUGAGUGGGAAUCGAGAAUUAGAAAAAAACUGAAUUGGGGCAUUGAUAACUCCAAAGAUUUAGUCGAUGUUUAGAUUUCAUAUCAUCGGAUUAAACUUAUCGAAUAAUCAAUUAAAUUUAAAUAUUAAU